GUCAGUCAAAUGUCAAUUUUACGAUGUUUUAAGCUGUGGAUUUAAGUGGGCGGUGUUUGCAAGUUCUGAUUCAGAAUACCAAAUUUUUUUAAGAACACCGAAAGCUUUUUCCUGGCAGUAUUUAAGUUAAAGAAACUCGCUCCAGAGACUCUAACGAAAUGGCGAAAAAUACGUCGAGUUCAGCCUUCAGAAAAAUUGAUGUUGAUCAGUAUAGUGAAGAUAAUUUUAAAGAGGAUGACGGUGAUCAAGGGGGUCCAGCCGGGCCAGAUGAAAAUGAAGUCAAUAGUUUGCUACAAAAAGGGAAGUAUAUGGAGGCUCUAAAGUCUGUAUUAAGCAAUGCACCAUUAGGUAGUAAAAAUCAACAAGUAAAGGAAAAUGCUGUAAACUUAACUCUAAGGGUCCUACUUGCUGUCAAACCAUCUCAAAUUGAAGAGGCUGUUAAUUCCUUAAGUCCUGAUUUGAUAGAUAUCUUAAUGAAAUACAUCUAUCGAGGAUUUGAAUAUCCUUCAGAAGGAAGUAGUGGUCACUUAUUAAUAUGGCAUGAAAAAGUUUAUAACAUAGGAGGUGUAGGUUGCAUUGUACGAGUGUUGUCAGAUACAAGGCGAGCCUAACAAGAUAAGUUUUCACAUUAAGCAUCAAUAUGUAUAACAGUAUGACAUUUCGUUUUAUAAUAUAAAAGCUUUUACUUAAAUAAAAAAUGUUACUCUAUUAAAA